AUGGCUUCUCCUGGUGGAGCCUGUUCAUCCGGUUCCAGUUCUCUUCAAAACUCUGGCUCCGACGGAGACAGAGACAUGGUGGAUCAGAGGAAGAGGAAGAGAAUGCUGUCCAACAGAGAAUCGGCACGCAGAUCGAGGAUGAGGAAACAGCAGCACCUGGAAGGUUUGAGUGCGCAAUUGGAUGAGCUGAAAAAGGAAAACAAUCAGAUGAACACGAACAUAGGCAUGACGACCCAGCUGUACCUGAAGGUGGAGGCUGAGAACGCGAUUCUGAGGGCGCAGAUGGAGGAACUCAGCAACAGAUUGAACUCUCUGAACGAAAUCAUCGGAUUCAUCAACUCCACGAACUACUUGCUGUUCGAUGAGGCACAGGAGACUCAGAUGUUCAAUGAUUGUGGCUUCAUGGAUGCUUGGAAUGGAAUGCCCCUCAAUCAACCGAUCAUGGCUUCCGCUGACAAUGACAUCUUGAUGAUGUAUUGA